AUGUCUUCAACCGUCACCCAAACCCAGACUCUCCCAACCCGCGUCGUCAGUGUGUCCGAUGCGCUUGCUGAAGAUAGCUUCCCCUCUAUCGUUCCUGCAGAGAAGGAUGCUAAGUUUCAGUCUCUCGUCCGUGGUAACCGGGCUGGUACUUUGAAGCUUCGCGGUAUCCCCAUCCACAAUGACCCAUAUACGAAGAGGAAAUGGAUGAAGGAGCACAUGGCAGCAGCCUUCCGUUUCUUUGGAAAGCAAGGAUAUGGAGAAGGAAUUUCGGGCCAUAUCAGUAUCAGAGACCCCGUGCUUAAAGAUCAUUUCUGGAUCAAUCCCUUCGGCAAGCACUUUUCGAUGAUGAAGGCUUCGGAUUUGGUCCUCGUUGAUAGCGAGGGGUAUGUCUGCGAGGGUGGAAAUCAAGAAGUCAUCAAUGAAGCUGGAUUUAUGAUCCAUUCGGAGAUUCACAAGGCUCGCCCUGACGUGAUUGCGGCUGCGCAUACCCAUGGGAUUUAUGGAAAGACGUGGAGUGCUUUUGGAAAGAAUAUUGAGAUGAUUAGUCAAGAUGCAUGCAACUUUUAUGGCAAGUGCAGCGUCUACGAUGACCAUGGUGGCAUCGCUUUGGCUCAGGAUGAAGGAAUCCAGAUUGCCAAGGCUCUUGGAGAUAAUAUGGCCUGUAUUUUGCAGAAUCACGGACUAUUGACUGUCGGAACUACUGUUGACGAGGCAGCUUUCCUCUUUUACAGUCUGGAUAAGGCUUGCCACUCUCAGCUAAUGGCUGAAGCAGCUGCAGCAAAUGGUAUUCCCAAGAUAAUCAUCUCGGACGAGGUUGCGGCGUACACAGCUAGUUCUGUCCAGAACCCGCAUAAUUUGUACACGGAAUUCCAGCCAGAGUUCGAGCUCAUUGUCGAGGAGUCCAACGGCCGUGUGUUGGAAUAG